UUUUUUUUGUGACCACAUGCAACUCUUUGCGCGGGGCGCCGGCAUCCAUGGGAUCCCACUGCCUGAAGCUGGCGAAUGCAUCAAUGAUGUGGUCUUCGACUCGUAUGGAACUAGGCUGGCAGUGUGCACGAACAGCUGCAUUUUGAUCUAUGGUGCACAGGAAGACUGGCCUCAGCUGGCUCGAAUUGAUGGGGGAUGAUCAUCCACGGUGGGCCAGCUGUGGCAUAUCUUGCAAGGCUCACUAUGAUGCCAUUUGGCGGUUGAGCUGGAGUCAUUCACAAAGAGGUGAUCUGCUUGUGAGCUGUUCGGAGGAUCGGCAAGUCAUUGUUUGGACGGAACAGGGCUUUGCCUGGAAGAAAUGCUUUCAGAAGACCUUGGGAGCUCCAGUUUUAGACGUGAGAUUUGCUUCGCCUGCUUUGGGCAUCAAGUUUGCAGCGAUCACUGCAGAAUCACAGGUGAGCGUCUUCGAAUGCACCACUCACACGACUCUCCAAUGUUGGGAGUCGCAGGAUGUGAUGAUCCAGGGCAAGGGGAAGCCUGGUGCUGUGGACUGGCAGCAGCCUUAGACAACUUGGCGCACAACGAAGCUGGAGACUUAAGCGGUCCUGUUCUUCAACUACCGUUUCUACAGCAAAUCCUCCUUGUUUAUGUUUUUUAAUUUUUUGUUCAAGAGAAAAUCUAUG